UUUAUCUUGUAGCUGAACACACAUUUGCAAGAGCUUGUUCAAUAACAGAAAGGCAACAAGCCAAGGCAGUUCGGUCCUAGGAAGUUCUUUCCAGCAUCCUCCCAACUCCGGGCUGACUGCAGCAGCUGAGUUUCCUGGCGGCCGGGAAGAGUUAACUGCCGACUUGCAACAAAGGAUGAUCUGACUUGCCUGUGGCUUUGUCAAAGGCGAAGAAAUAUUUGGUAAGAUGGAGUUCAACAAGCUUCUGAGUGCGUCAGGAGGACCGAAUCAGAGACGAGAAGAGGAGGCUCGUGCCAGAGCUGGCGGCACGGAUGCUGGUGUCAGUGAUGACUUGGAUUUUGUACAAAUGUAUCUUACCUGUUUACCUGAGAGAUACAUGGAGGCAAAGUUUACGCUGACAGCAUAUCUGGCAUGCUGGCUAAUCUUGAAACUCUGUAAGAGAGCUUUGGAGAAAAGAUGCCCAGCCUCUCAAAAGGCCCCAGAGCCAGUAGAAAAUUGCACAAGUGAAGGAGAGUUUGAAGAAGACCGGAGUUCUUCGGUCCCAAGUACGUCAGAACUGGAGAUUCGUGGAUCGGGCCAAGAAACUGAUGAAGACUAUUUUGAGACCCAGUCACAUCAGAGUGAAUCACUGUCAGACAUCAAGACAGAGCCUUAUGAAAGUGCAUCAGACUCAGAGUCUUUUGCCAGUGAUGUAACAAGAGAAACCAGCCUGAGUUCAUUCUGCCUUUCUGCAGAACUAGAGGAACCAUGGCAGAAGUAUGCUGAAGCAAAAGUAGAAAAAGCUCCUUCCAAGGCUGAGUGUGCAAGACAUCUGGGAUGUGUGCAUAAGGAAGCAGGGGAACUGCCUUCACCUUUGCACAUAGCAGCUGGCAAAGGUGAAUUGGAAGUACAGGCAACAGACUCAAAAUCGGAAGAGAUCAAGGGAAAUGGGAAAGUGUUACCUUACAGUAUUACCCGCACAGGGUUUAACAUUAGUAAAGAGGUCCUUGCGUCACAGACAGAGGCCUCAUUGGUAGUGGAGGCAAAAUCUGUUGACAGAGAGCCACAUCUGCAUAUCUGCUCAAAAAAUCUAGCUGAAGGUGCUGUUGGCAAAGGCAAUAAAAAUACAGAACGAUCAGUGUUUGCUUGUCUCAGAGCAAACUCUGAAAACUCAUUGACUUCCCUUGAGACUCAACAUCCUCCUGCCCACUCAGAAGCUGUUUCAAGAUGCAGUCUGCCUAAUAUUCACUUAGAAACAAACAGAACUUGUAAGAGAAACUGUGAAUCAUCCAAAGUUAGGUGUAAACAGGAGUAUAUACUGAACACCAAGUGCAAUAGGAAGAAUAGUAUUGAGAGUCAGAAACCUGUAGAUGCACUCUUACGUGACACAAAGCUGAAGGCCACGGGUUUACCAUGUAUAAAAUCUACAUUUCUGGUGCCACCCACGAAGCCAGGGAUUGUUGAAAUGAAAUCAUGGCACAGUUCACCAGGAAACAUAAGUACCCAAGAGGUCAGGGAACAUGCCAAUGACUGUAUUUGCAUGGCUGAUAAAUUAAGUUGGUCAUGCUCCAGAUUACCCUUAGAAAUGUCAGAUUAUGAAAAGGUAAGGGGCAAUUUAGAAAGGUUUGGUGACUGCCCACAGAAGUCCUUCAAGAUGGAAAAAGAGACAGGUAUUGAAAAAUCACUUCUUAAUACUCAUCUAGUCUCAAAUAAGAACCAGUUGGCAACAAGAUCCCACUGGGAUACCAGUAAGAAUUUGCAUGAUAAAUCAAAUAUCUUUGGCCUUUCAACAAAAAGAGCAGAUUCACUAGAGAAUGAUUCUUUGACCCUAUCCCAGCUGCCAUAUCACUCAGAGGAUCCUUCCAGACUGGCAAUUCCUUCAACUUUGGAGUCUGUACCAGUAAAUAAAAAUGCCAAAAUAGUACUAAGAAAAGAUCAGUCCAAAUCUGAGGGUGAUAUAGAAAUUAACACAUACCUUCAGAAUCCUAGCUCUGAAUCUGUCAACCAUGAUGUUAUAGCUCAAGAGAAUUAUCUGGGUGGCUAUAGCAUGAUAGAUAAGUAUGGCAAUACUUACGACAUCCAUGCUUCCACUGUUAACACAGAGGUGAACAUGGAGAGAAAAUGCCUUGAAACGCAAAACACUGAGGCCUUUCUAGGGGCAGCUGAGAUAAGGAACGAUUCAGAAUUUGGAUUAGGUUGGGGAAUGUUUGAUGGGAUUCUGACAUUAAGUGGAAAAAAGGUCAUGGGGGAACAUGAGGAAACAGUGCUUCAAAACAUGAGCAGGGCGUCUGAUGCCUUAAAAUGUCCUUCCAUUCAGGAGAGAACAAAUGUGCACCUCACGAGAAUAGAAAAGAAGGAUUUUUAUUGUGGUGGUGGUUUUGGUGAAGAUGUCUCUGCUUUUGAACUAACACCAACACCACAUCACAUUUGCCAGGAAGAAAAAUCUGAGAAUCUUUCAGAGUUAAAACCUCUCUUGAUUAAAUCUCUUGAUCAAAAAGAACUACUGUCAAAUAAGAUGGAUGGUGAGACCUAUGUGGAUGAAUUAACCACUGAGACAUUGGAACAUGAGAACUCAGCCUCUUCUCUCAACACCAUGAUGGACACCACAAAACCACAGAAGACUCCAAAUGCACAACCCAGUUGUGGAAAUGAAAUUCUGCCUGUACAGGCUAUAUCAGGCAGUGAAGAUGAGUUCCCUGUUAGGAUCUCCACCCAAGAAGGUGAGGAGGAAGCAGAUGCAACGGGUCUUGAUUUAUCUUCAGUGCCUGCCCCUGAAAUUCAUACAGGAGCUAGUCUUGAGAACAAUUUUCCUAGGACUAAUUUAAAUUUGGAAAGUACUGUACAAAGCUGGAAAGAAGAGGGAUAUGCAAAUGGUUUGUUCUUAGAACCACUUGCCACUAAUGCUGAGAUACUGCUAAUCAAGCCCUCCCGAGUGAAAGGUGACUCUGUCUUAGAAUCGGUCCAAGUAGUAAACCUACAGUUUGAACCAGGAGGCUAUACAGCGGCAGAUGAAUCUGUGACCAAAAAUAGACAGCGAGACACUUGUGUUAUCACUGCAGGAACACAGGAAAUAAAUAGCAAUAGUGACCUGUGCCAGAAUGUCAUUGCUGGUGAUAAGACCCUAGGAGAUAGUGUCCAUAGUAAGCAAAUUAUUGAAAAGGAAGGCACCAAACAUUGUGAUACAGCACAUGGAAAAACAGGCUUUUGUGAAGGUUCUCCAAGCACAGAACUGAACAGGAGCUUUUCUGCUGAGGAGCCAAAGUGCAUUAGCAGAGACAGUCAAUGGAAUCCAAGCACAGAUAUCUGUGACACUAAUGUGAGAAUGGACAGCCAAGAUAAUACCACCACAGGCCUAGAUAAUAUUAGCAUGGAGAGCACAAACAGUGAGGAGUUGAAUGAGAACCUAUUUAACUUCCUGGGUAGUAACAGCAGUUUCUACAAGGCAGUUCAGAGAAACAAUAAGUCUGGGGCCACAGAGAAAUCUUCCAAGCAGUAUAAAUUUUUAGCCUUUUCAAAAAUGGCAUCCUUCAGGAAAUCUAAACUAAUGUCUGCUGAAAAUCAAGAUAGUGUCAAGGCCAAGACAGAAACAUUGGAUGGAGAUAAAGGGGAUGAGGUAGAAGAUGACUUGAAGUAUAUUCAAAGCAGUUCAACCAGCUCUGCUUUCCAAAGCAAGGAACGUUGCCUUGCAGAAUAUUUGGAUGAUGAUGAUGAUGACUUGUUUUAUGAGAAACCUGCUGGACUCUUCAACAGAAUGAGCUUAAGAAAGGCUUCUGGCUCUGGCCGGAUACUCUUGGAAGGUAUGGGCACAGGUUCUUCUCCCAUAAUGACAAGAAGAAAGCACUCUGAAGGGAAAGUUUUAGGUUCUGUUGAGAAUAAUGAAAAUGAGUCUGCGGAGUAUCCUGAACUCAAGAAAUCCUCAUCUGAGAAUGACUUUAAAAGAAACAAAAAUAUGGAGAGUAAAAGAUUCAGGAGUCGGCUGGCCUUGGCCCACAGAUCCUUCUCAAGUUUUUUUGAAUCUAAAUCUCUGGAGAAGGAAAAUGCUGAACAGGGUCCAAAGUUUUCAGUGAAAAAUGAAAAGGAAAAAGCCAAGUUGCACCAAACAUCUUGGAAAGCAUUUCUGAAAAGUAAGGAGGCAGAUGGCCAAAAGCGGUUUGCCUUAAAUAGUCCUCUUCCAACACAGCAGAGUCCUUGUUCCAGCAGGAUCCCUGGCAGCUUUCCUAGAAGACCAUCCAAGGAAAAUCAGGAAGAUUGCAAUGGACAAGAGUUUAUGCAAUCAAGUGUGUCUAAUGACUCAUCUGCAGAUGGUGGACAUUCUGAUUCCUCUGGGACUGGCGAUUUUCUAUCUAUGGAUACCAAGAGGAAGAAUCAAGAACUGAAUAUAAGAUGUCUGCACAGCCCAGAUUGCAAUGGGAAAGAGGAAACAAUGAGCAGUGAUGGAGAUACAUCUUUUGAAGAAUUCUGGUUGAAAUCUCCAAUUAGUCCGAUUGACCUGCAGUCAUCAUUUUCUCACUUCACUCCCUCUUGCCCCCAGUUGUCAAUGUAUGAACGUAAAGAUAUGCCAUGUAGACCCAUGAGUCCCAAGCCACAGAGUCCUCGAACUGGUUCUCAACGCAAGGGUUUCCAUUACCCUGGAAGAUUAAGUUCCACUUCAAUGAUAUCUCUUGGAAACAUCUCGGUGAUUGAUGGCAACUUGGAAGCACCUGAGAGGCCAAAGACAUUGAAGCCUAGAUCUAGUUUCUUGCAAUCUAUGCAUUCAUUGGAUAAUGACUACCUGAGAGAGGACAGUGGGAUAAGCAGCCAGUCACAAAUCAGCUUGGACACGACUUCUUCAGUGAGUGAUAUCAUCAGAGAUGAGGAGAAUAUCCAACAAAGUCAAAUCCUACCAGAAAAGAGACCAGGUGAGAAAUGGGGUCUCCAUUGCAGAAAGAGGUCUACUCAGAUGCCACUAUCUCCACCCUCACUCUCAAACAUAGAGAGCAAGGCCUGGAUACUUCCCUUCCAUAUUCAGGAGGGGAAAGCCAAAGAACAUGCCCAGAGGAAGAGACCCAGACCCCUAUACAAGCGUUUCAGCUUUGAUGACACAUGGAUGGAAAGGAAUCGGAAGAGGAAGCUUGUUAAAGAGGCACAGUCAGACAGAGAGAUUGAAUCAAGUAACCUCCCAGAGGAUCAUUUAAAAGUUAAAAUGAGACCCUUCAUUACUUCACCUGUGGCCUUUGAAGCCCUUCCUCUCAAGUUGCACCUCUAUUCUCAGAGCACACCUACAGGAUUAGACUGCGUGGGCUUGAGGCGGCGCAUCUCAUUUCCUGUCAUUGCUGAUGGAUCACUGGAGAAAACCAGUGAUGAUGUGGGAAGUGAAGAAGACUUGUAUGAAGACUUCCGAAGUUCUAGCCAUCGUUAUGGCCACCCAGGUGGAGGAGGAGAACAGCUUGCUAUUAAUGAGCUCAUCAGUGAUGGUGGUGUUGUCUACGCCGAAGCACUCUGGGAUCAUGUCACGGAUGACCAAGAGCUGGGCUUCAAGGCUGGUGAUGUCAUUGAAGUAAUGGAUGCUACUAACAAAGAGUGGUGGUGGGGCAGAAUAAUGGACAGCGAGGGCUGGUUCCCAGCCAGCUUCGUACGGCUCCGAGUGAACCAGGAUGAACCGAUGGAAGACUAUCCUUUGAAGUUAGAAGAUGGCAGGGAGGAAGACUCAAGAAAUGCUGCCCACCGUUAUGGAGUGGGGCAAACAACUAAGGACCAAAUGAGAACCAAUGUUAUCAAUGAAAUCCUAAGCACAGAAAGAGAUUACAUCAAGCAUCUGAAGGACAUAUGUGAGGGCUAUAUAAAACAAUGCCGUAAAAGAGCAGACAUGUUCACAGAGGAGCAGCUGAAGACAAUCUUUGGGAAUAUUGAAGACAUCUACAAGUGCCAGAAAAAAUUUGUUAAAGCGCUGGAGAAGAAAUUCAACAAAGAUUACCCACACCUCAGUGAGGUGGGGUGCUGCUUCUUAGAAUAUCAAAACGAGUUCCAGAUCUAUUCUGAGUACUGCAAUAACCACCCCAAUGCCUGCAUGGAGCUUUCCCGACUCACCAAAGUGAGCAAGUAUGUUUAUUUCUUCGAAGCAUGUCGCCUGCUUCAGAAGAUGAUCGACAUCUCUCUGGAUGGCUUCCUCCUGACUCCAGUGCAGAAGAUUUGCAAGUACCCCCUGCAGCUUGCAGAACUGCUGAAAUAUACCAACCCACAACACAGGGAUUUUAAGGACGUCGAAGCCGCUUUGAAUGCCAUGAAGAACGUAGCACGACUCAUCAACGAGAGGAAGAGGCGUUUGGAAAACAUAGACAAAAUUGCUCAGUGGCAAAGUUCAAUAGAGGACUGGGAGGGUGAAGAUGUCCUUGUGAAGAGUUCUGAACUUAUCUACUCUGGGGAAUUAACCAAAAUUUCCCAGCCUCAAGCAAAGAGCCAUCAAAGAAUGUUCUUCCUCUUUGAUCAUCAGCUUGUCUGCUGCAAGAAGGAUCUCCUGCGACGUGACAUCCUGUACUAUAAGAGUCGAAUCGGCAUGGACAACAUGGAGAUUCUGGAUGUGGAAGAUGGGAAAGACAAGGACUUCAACGUCACCAUUAAAAAUGCAUUCAAGUUGCACUGCAGGGACACUGAGGAAGUCCACUUAUUCUGUGCAAAAAAGCCAGAGCAGAAGCAGCGUUGGCUCAAGGCCUUUGAGAACGAAAGGAAGCAGGUUCAGCUUGACCAGGAAACCGGUUUUUCCAUUACUGAGGUGCAGAAGAAACAAGCCAUGCUUAAUGCCAGCAAACAGAACCAGAGUGGAAAACCAAAAGUGGUCACCCGGACAUACUACGAUUUCUUGAUGCGCCAGAAGCACCCCACAUUGCCGACAAACCUCCCCCAGCAGCAGGUUUUCAUGUUGGCGGAGCCCGCGCAAGCCUUCGAAUUUCUGGCAGAACAUCAGCAGGCUGGCACCGUUUCGAAAAUGAGGGGAAGCAGCCUGAUCUUGUGCCUGAAUACCUUCUGAGAAAGCACUUUAUGCAUCAGUCCUGCAAAACAAAGCACUCGCUCCCCCUCCUGGCUUUCAGAGGGAUAGCUCCCCCUCCUGGCUUUCAGAGGGAUAGCUCCCCCUCCUGGCUUUCAGAGGGAUAACCCUUUACUCCCUUAUUUCUUUUGCCAGACUGAAUGAGCUCAAGAGUGUUACAACAUGGACCAUUUUUGUUGUUGUGUGUACGUACGCGUGUGUCUGUGAAAGUGAGCUGAGCCUGCCCAUCUCUUUUGAAUACCCAGGAAGAGAAAGCAAGAGGCUUGAGUUAGAACAUAGUUGGAACCUUUCCUGUUUUCUUUCCUUAAAAAACAA